AUGGGUCGUCUCCACUCCAACGGGAAGGGUAUCUCCGCGAGCGCUAUUCCCUACUCCCGCACUCGCCCAACCUGGCUCAAGACCACCUCCGAACAAGUGGAGGACCAGAUCUGCAAAUUGGCCAAGAAGGGUGCUACUCCUUCCCAGAUUGGUGUUGUCCUCAGGGACUCUCACGGGAUUGCACAGGUUAAGGUUGUUACUGGUAUGUUUCAGAGUUCGAAGGAUGGGGAGAAUGAAUGAAGGAACUGUACGAUGGGAUGCUGAUGGUAGUAUUUGACACAGGUAACAAGAUCCUCCGCAUCUUGAAGGCUCACGGUAUGUUCCUUAUAUGAAAUCGAAUCCUCCACUCGCGCAAAAUCGAUCGAUCGAUCAAUUCCGUAAUCCCCCCACGGGUUGGUACGAUUGACGGAAAAAGAGAAAGAAAAUAAAAGGCAAAGCCUCUGCUUGGUUCAUGAACUGACAGAGAGAAGGCCUUGCACCAGAGAUUCCGGAAGAUCUCUACAUGCUUAUCAAGAAGGUUUUUCUAUCUCCCUACCACCCCCACCCCCUCCUCCCCCUCCUUGGUGAUUCUAAAAUAAGAAUAAACAUCAGGCCGUCUCCGUGAGAAAGCACCUUGAACGUAACCGUAAGGACAAGGACAGCAAGUUCCGCCUCAUUCUCAUCGAGUCUAGAAUUCACCGCUUGUCCCGUUACUACAAGACUGUUGGUGUUUUACCCCCCACCUGGAAAUAGUACGUUUUCACUUUCUUCUAGAUUCCUCCUCCUCGCCCCGCCAUGAGGAAUUCGAGUACUAACGAGGGUUGCCUUUCUCCAGCGAAUCUGCUACCGCCUCCACAUUGGUGGCU